GAACAUUUACAAUUUUUAUCCCUUAAUUUUUCCGAAGGUGGUUGUUGUUGCUGCACAGAAGGUGUUUGAUUAAAUUCCGCUGAGAAAUUGUCUUUUUUCCCUCUGUAGUUUAGUGAAAUCUUUCGACUUUCGAUGAUUUACAAAUGAGAAUGGGUACCUCUCGCGUGGCUGCUUUGAGUUCUCUUCCGUUUAGAGUCUCUGACAUUCUCGGAACUCGUCCGAAACUUUGUUUCCUCUAUCCAAUUCGAUUGACAAGUAAGUAUAUGUCUGUAAAGCCGUUUGUGAUUGAAGCAAGAGGGAAUGCUGGAGUUGAGAGCCCAAAAACCAGGAACAUGAGGAGCAGGAAGAAGUUUAAUGGAACACAAACAAAACCAAGGCUUUCAGUAUUCUGUUCAGAUAAACAACUGUAUGCUAUGUUAGUGGAUGACUUCAACAAAAAGUGUUUGUUCUACGCUAGUACAUUGCAGAAGUCCAUUCGUGGAGAUCCUCCAUGUACUGUCAUUGAAGCAGCAAAACGGGUUGGAGAGGAGCUCAUUAAGGCUUCUAUUGACCUCAAGAUUAACGAGAUUUCAUGUUAUGAUCGAAAUGGAAAUGCUCGAGGCGAAAGGAUGCAAGCCUUUGAAAUUGCAAUUGCGCAACACGGAUUCUUACCAUAAUAGGUAGUUGAAACUGAAGCCAUCACACUUAGAUGCUCACCAAGAGAAUCUUUUUCCGGGGACUUUGGAAACUUGAUCGUGGAAGUACAUGAUUUAUCCGGAACAUAAGGGCAUUCCACAAACUCUUUAGUGUAAUUAUCAAGACAUAUAUAGAUCUGGAAAAGCUGCUUAUUCCCCUCUACAUCUUCGUUGCAUUCGAUACCUGGUGCAAAUCCGAUUGCACACUUGAUCGCAUUCUUGAUCUCAUUUAAACCGUAAAACCCAUCAUUUGGUUUAAUUCCUACACAUGAUGAACAUACAAUGAUCAGAAAGUUUCCACGGUUUCAUUUUCUUCUUGAAACUUUUUGUAUACCUUUUUGUUUAAGGAUGCUGAGGAAAUUGAUUUUUUGUCUGAAUUUGAGAUUGGUGUUGAAGUAA